UUCUCCCCAUCGUUAUGACAACCUAUAAAAACAGCCCGUCAUUGAUUGUUGACCCAACAAUAAAGAGCUACGACGCGCGAUUCUGAUAUUCGCUCAGUUGACAAGUUGCCAGACGCGAUUUACUGAUUCCUUGUGUUUUUAUCCAGAUUGUGUAUUGUUUGUAAUCGACGGUGAAAAUGGCGUGCACGGGGAGAACUAACAAGGAGCUGCAGAUGAAAGCGAAGAAAAAACUGCAGAGUACAGCUGAUCCAGUAGAAAAACUUCGACUAGCCUGUCUAUCUCGGGGUGCUACAGGUAUCAAAGGUCUUUCUAGAACAUUCAAAAUCAUGGACGAUGAUGAGAGUAGGAGUCUUGAUUUUAAAGAGUUCAAGAAAGGUAUCCAUGACUACGGGUUGACGGAAAUGUCUGAUGAAGAUAUUAAAAUGUGUUUUGAAACAUUUGACAAAGAUGGAAGUGGGAGUAUUGACUUUGACGAGUUCUUAGUAAACUUGAGGCCACCGAUGCCUAACUGCCGGAAAAAUUUAAUACACCGAGCAUUCCAGAAGUUGGACAGGACCGGAGAUGGGCUGAUCACAGUGGAGGAUCUGAAGGGAGUGUAUAACGUCUCAAAACACCCAAAAUAUCUCAACGGGGAGUGGACGGAAGACCAGUGUCUAAGGGUUUUCCUCGAUUCCUUUGACAGCAAUGACAAAGAUGGAAAGAUCACAAUGGAGGAGUUUGAGUUGUACUAUUCUGCAGUCAGUGCGUCCAUCGAUAAUAAUGCAUACUUUGACCUGAUGAUGAGAACAGCAUGGAAAUUAGACUAAUAUGAGAGAUUACCAACGAAGAGUUUCUUAAUUACUACUGCGGAGUUAGCGCAUCGGUAGACAAUGAUGCAUACUUUGAUCUCAUGAUGCGGAACGCCUACAAGCUUACAGACUAAAUACUUCUCUAGUACCCAUGUCACACAGGACCAACCAUCUUCCUGCCCGCCCAGCUUUGCAUUCUGCCAGCUUCAACACCUGCACUUACCAUGCUAUUUUUGUUUUUAUUACCUCCCUUGAAUAUUGUUUAUCUCCCUUUAAUACUUUCAGAACAUUUGUAUUCCAUAUUUGUCUUAUUCUGCCAAACCAUAUUGUCUGGAUAUUAAGAUUUUAAUAAAUUGAAUUGAUGCAGGUUUUAUGUUUUUAAAGUUAAUCUUAAAAACAUGUAUUAGUGAUGUCAUCAUGUUUUGGUUGGUAGUUUUAAUUUAUCACAUUGUGGAUGUAUUAGUUUGUUAGUCUGCAAUAUUUUAGUGUAGUUUCCAGCACUGUUAUGUGCAAAACAUGAUAUUGCUAUUUUUUUUAAUACAAAUUUUUAAUAUUCCAAAGAAAACUUUAAUAAGUUAAAUUUGUUUGCUCAAUUCUCAUAUCUGCUCAACUCGGCAGUUCAUGAGCAUUUUAAAAUCUACACCUUCAUUUUCCCCCUCAGUGCAAUCUCCGAUUGAUAAAGCCAAUUCAUUUGCUUUCUUGCUCUGUCUUACAAUCUUUAUACUUUAUUAAUUGCUUUCACACAAAAUACGAUCAUUUUUAUAUUACAUUUUUAAAUAUUGAUUUAUUGUUUACUUCUUGCCAUUUUGUACUUCUUGUUAAAGCAGAAAUGUUAUGGCUUCAUAUGAUAUUCAAGGCAUUGUAUUCAACAUGGAACCAGAUGUUUUCAACUUGUCUUGUAAGCAGUUAGAAUUGUAUAAAUGUGUGGUUUUUCCAAACAUUUUAUUUGUAUUUUAUUUACCUAUAUUGUAUAAGGGACAUUCUUACAUUCCAUUUGUUUGUGAGGGUAAUAAUUUUAGCAGUUUUGGAUUAAACAGUUGACAGUAAAAAUUUUUUAACUUACUUCAUUUUAAAAUGUUAGACCCUGAGUUUUUAAUCAUGACAAAGUGUUGUUUAUCAGUGUUAACUUACAAUAAGAUUGUUAUAUCCAGAAGUCUGAUAUUUUAAAAGAAUUUUAUUGUUAACAUUUUUAUCCCGAGAAUGAAUGUUGAUUCAAAAUGUUAUUUGGACUUUUUGGUGGCUGUUUUUGUUUUUGGGCCCUUAAGUAAUUUCAAGAAUUGUUAUUUCAUGUACUACAUACAUAAAACUCAAAGAAGACGUUCAGAUUAGUUCAAUAAUGUAUCUGAUCAUUAAUCAAGAGUCAGUUUUAUUGGAUAGCACCAUAGUAUCCAUGUGAUACAACUAGCAUAAUAGCAUCCAAGUGAUACAACUAGCAUAAUAGCAACUUGUGUCCAUCAACAAAAGUCCUGAUGAGACUGUUUCUGAUUGUUACAUCAUACAUACUAUACUGCUAGUUGUUCUUUAGUUUCCUCUUAAAGUAGAUACAUGCAUCAGCAAAGAGCCAAAAGCUAUACAGCAGAAAGCAACCAAAGAAUAAACUAUUCAUAUGCACUGUGCUUCCAAGGUGGUGGAAAAGCAAAACUAUUUGUGAUCUAUCUGACCAUUACACCACUAUUGUUUGGGUUAGCAUUAGAUUUAGGGUUAGGGUUAAUUUUGGAUUAGGAAAUUCUCUCCUUAUACAUUGUAUCAAUAUAAUGGGGGGAGGGGGUAACAGAUGGAAAUCUUUUCAAAAUAUGGACUUAUAUGGUGUCUGUAAAAAUAUUUUCCCCAUGGGAUUGGAUAUACGCAAUCUCCUUAGAAUAGGCUCAAAGUACAAUUAAAUGCCCAGUUCCUAAUGCAUAUUGCUUUUCAGCUUUAUAUAAGUAAAAAACAAAUAUUGCAGUCAGUGCCAGUUUUCUAUGACAGAUGACACUUUUUUUUCAUGUACACUUCUAUAUAAAUGUCUUCUUUUUAAAUGAAAAAACCCCUAAAAUAAUCUGUUGAUGUUUUUUUCUAACUUAAUAUUAAUCAUUGUAAUAUUCAUAACACAUCAGUUAUAUUACCGGUUUUAUUCAUAUAAGUACAUGCAUUUUAUAUUGUAACUGACUUGAUUUAUUGACAUUUAUUUAAUAUUUAGUUUUACAUGGCUCUUAAAUUAGGUAAUAAGACCACAAGUCGAGGGAUGGGGUGUCGAUGGAAAAUAUUUUCAUGACAGCUGAGUUAAGAUCUACAUGCUAGGGGGCAUGGAAUAAACAAAAUAUAAGAUACAUGUAUUAAAAUGAGGACUACGUUACUGAUGGGCAGGUGAUUUAUAUUACAACAGCAGGUAUUUGAGAAGUAGCAGACAUUAGACUCCAUGUAUGUAUAUAUUUAUUUAAUUUUGUACAUAAACAAUAGGUUGUAGGUAAAACAUACCGUAUAUGUAUUAUAGAAGUUUUCAUAUUUUACACUGGAAUUGUCCUCCUUUUUUUCAAUGGUUAUUUAUUAUGUGCAUGUAUGAUUUGAUUAAAUCAAACGGUGCUGGAAGUAUCGUGCUUAUACAUGUGCUCUAAUCAUUCCACAUUCUGCUCGGACAUAGACCAUUCUUAUUUGAUGAAACUUAUUAUCUUAGACUACUUGUAGUGUCUGAAUAUAUUCUGUAUGUUUUUCACAUUUUAACAAGUUUAUUCUAUUCACAUGUGUCCAGUUUGAAUUUGUUUUUGGUAAAACAUAUUCAAAAUAAUAUUGCUGUUUUUGUAUUGCUGUUUUUAAUGUGUAUCAAAAUUACCACAGUGGGUCAAAAGACACUUACCUUAAAUUUAUAACAUGAAAAUGGUUUAGACUUUAUCCUAGUUUAUCCUAGACUCGGGGAGGGGGGGGGGGGGGAAGAGUUUUAUGUUUAAAGCCUUUGGAGUUGGGAGCAGUUUUGGCAAAGAUAACCAAAAUGCCUCUGCUUUUGUUGAAGAUUUUGUCAUCUCCAGCUCGGUCAUCUCCAGCUAGAAUCGGAUGUAUCAAGUUUAUAGUCAUAGUUUGACUAAGUUUUAUUAUCGUAUUUUAUGUAAUUGCCAUUUUAGUCCUGUUUAUAAAAUACUGAAUUUUAUCUUUGUAAUAAAAUGUUUUUUCUAUUGUUA